UUAGCUAUUUGGGGCGUGGUUUAUAAAACUGCUUGAACUUCCGCCUUCUUGCUUCUUUCUUUGUUUACUUGCUCUUUGGAGAAGCCACAUGGUAGCAGUUUAAGAGUGCAGUGAAACUUCUCACCCACUGACACGCAGGACAGCAGCAUGGCAGGCGUGGGCAGACUGUCCAGCAAGGACGCGGUGCUCCUUCUGUGCGACAUGCAGGAAAAGUUCCGGCCCAACAUCUUCCAGUUCACCAACAUCGUCAGCAACGCGGCCAGGUUGCUUCAGGCCAGUCGGGUUCUGGGCAUCCCCGCCAUCCUGACGGAGCAGUACCCCAAAGGUUUGGGACCCACGGUGCCGGAGCUGGGGGCCGGGGAUCUGAAGCCGCACGCCAAAACAUCCUUCACCAUGAUGAGCGAGGACGUGGUCGGGGAGCUGCAGGCUGUGGGGAACCCCAAACAAGCCAUCCUCUGCGGGAUCGAGGCGCACGCUUGCAUCGCGUGCACGACCUUCGACCUGCUGGAAAAGGGAAUGGAGGUCCACAUCGUGGCUGAUGCCGUGUCAUCGCGCAGCCAGACAGACCGCCUGUUCGCGCUGUCCCGCCUGAGGCAGAGCGGCGCUUUCCUCACCACCACCGAGGCCGUCCUGCUGCAGCUGGUCCAGGACGCACGACACCCCAACUUUAAGGAGAUUCAGACGCUCAUGAUGCAGCCGUCCCCCGACACCGGCCUGCUGGCCUUCUUCAGCGCCCUCUAGGAAGACCUCCCUGCAGGACUGGGUCUCCCUGCAGGACUGGGUCUCCAAAGUCCUCAAGCAAUAAAGACAUACUCAAA